AUGCGCCCGGCAACCCAGCGCGUCGUGUACAUCAUCGCCGGCGAAGCAUCGGGUGAUGCCAUCGGCGCCAAGCUCAUCCGUGCCCUGCAGACCAAGGAGCCUUCGGUCACCUUCCGCGGCGUUGGCGGGCCGCAGAUGACCAAGCAAGGCCGCUUUGCAUCGCUCUUUCCCAUGAAGGAAUUAUCGUUUAUGGGUCUCACCGAGGUGUUGCCGAAGCUCUGGUCGACGCUGGGUCAUCUCCAUGCCGUCGCCAAGGACAUUCACGCUUGCGCGCCGGACGCGGUCGUGACCAUCGACUCGAAGGGCUUUACGUUUCGAGUGCUGCGCACCUUGAGCGCCCAGGGCCUUCUCUACCACGUGCUUCGCGUCGUGGACAAGCUCGACGUUGCGUCCGUACGACGCAAAGCGGCCGUCGUGCACUACGUAGCGCCGUCUACGUGGGCGUACAAUCACAAGUUCAAGCACAUGGAGGCGACAGCAACCGGCCUCUCGCGCCUCAUGGAUCACAUGCUCGUGCUCCUGCCUUUUGAAGCGCUGCUCUUUCAGCCGCGCGCAGAGGCGCGACCAGUCGUAACCUUUGUCGGCCACCCGGCUCUCGAAGACUUUGGCGAUGUCCAUCGCCUCUUUGAGACGGCUUUGCCGACACACGACGCGUCAUCGGUCGAGCUACUGCCGCCGUCGCCGUGGCUGCCGUACGAUGCGCACGCCGCGCGCAAGACGCAAGCGAUCCUAGCGACCAUUGCAGCCGAACGGGCGCAGCUGAAGGCGCCAACGUGGACCAUCUGCGCGCUCGUUGGCAGCCGAGAGAACGAGGUGUUGCAAACGAUCUCGCUGGUGCGCCAAGCCAUUGAACUCCAUGCGCAAGCGAGAGCAGCGCCGAUUCACGUGGUGUUUCCGACCAUAUCGGCGGUCGCGCCCCUCGUCCGCGCCCACUUGGCCGACUGGUCGAUCCCGUGUACAGUGCACGUCACGGACGACGCGAGCAAGAAGCGGUCGCUCUUUCAGCAAAGCCAUGCAGCGAUCGCCGUCUCGGGCACGGUCGUGCUGGAAGCAGCGCUCGCGGGCCUGCCGACCGUCGUCAUCUACCGCGCCAACCGCGUCACCGAGGUCCUUGCUCGGUCCCUCGCGCGUGUGCAGCACGUCUCGCUGCCCAACAUUAUGAGCUCACGCACCUUGAUGCCUGAAGUGCUCUUUUCCGAGUGCACCCCAAUCAACAUUGCUGCUGCGCUCACACGUCUCUGCGCCAAGCCGCCGAAUGCAGUGCCGUUGAGCCAAGUGUUUGGCUCGCUCCUGCGAUGGGACGUCGAUCCGCAUGUCCGACCUUGCCGCGCCAGCGAGGUGGCCGCAACGGUGGUCCUGGCCGAGAUGGACCGCAAGCGCGACGCUGUGACCGGGAGAUAG